GCCGGAGCCACGCGCCGGUCCCUGGACGACCUGUCGGCGCCGCCCCACCACCGCAGCAUCCCCAACGGCCUGCACGAUCCCUCGUCCACCUACAUCAGGCAGUUGGAGACCAAGGUGAAAUUGCUGGAAGGUGACAAGCUCCUCACGCAGCAGGCGGGCUCGGGAGAGUUCCGGACACUGCGGAAAGGCUUCUCGCCAUACCACUCGGAGUCCCAGCUCGCGUCCCUGCCACCCUCCUACCAGGACUCCCUGCAGAAUGGCCCAGCCUGCCCUGUGGCUGAGCUGCCCUCGCCCCCCUCUGCUGGCUACAGCUCUGUGGGACAGAAGCCUGAGGCUGUUGUGCAUGCCAUGAAGGUCCUGGAGGUACAUGAGAACCUGGACCGGCAGCUCCAGGACAGCUGCGAGGAGGACCUGAGUGAGAAGGAGAAGGCCAUCGUCCGUGAGAUGUGCAACGUGGUCUGGAGAAAAUUGGGAGAUGCUGCCAGUUCCAAGCCCUCCAUCCGGCAGCACCUGUCUGGUAACCAGUUCAAGGGGCCUUUGUAGGGCCAUUCUUCUGUGGACAUGCACUGGCUCUGCCUAGGGGCCCCAGGGGAGCAUCAGGCCCCAGGACCUCCGGCUGAGCCAGUCUCCC